ACUCAUGCUCCAGUCCUGCACCAGCUCUGUUGCCCUUCUCUGGACACAUUUCAGCACCUCAAUGUCUUCAUAGCAGUGAGGGGCCCAAAACUGAACACAGGAUUUGAGAUGCUGACACAGCAGUGCUGAGUACAAGACCACUGCUGUAGCAGUUCUUUUUAGAGAAAAAUAUCAUGCCUUCUGAAGAGAUUGAGAAACAGAGAUGAGUUAUGAAUCACUUGGUCUUACCAGGAGGUAAGAACCUUGGAAAAACACCUGUGGGCCUCCUGGAGCCUGCUGAUGUGCUACGGAAAGGGAGGAGUCAAAGAGCCUCAGUUUGUGGCAGCUUUGGUGACAACAAGUUUACACUGGCUUAGAUGGUCUCUGUAGAAACUGUCCAUGGCACGUUCCACAACUAGAGUAGCUGGCAUCAUCCUGGACAACAGAAAAACUGGUAGGGCAAUAGCAUUUGGAACACAUUGUGGCUGGAAUAUGUGUGAGCAGAAAGAAGCAGUAUCCGUCAUUUGAACACUCUGUAUCUGACUUUGGUUUUUCUCUCACCUGUUACAACACUUCAAGGAUUGUGGUUGCUAGCAACUUGCUUUCCAGAGCACCAGAUUGCUGUCAAAAUGAGUGAAACACCUUCGAGCAGUUACUCGGCGAAUCACCCAAACUCCUCUGAGAGUGAGCAGAGUUUAUCCACGCGCCAUUUCAAUGUUACCGAACCUGUUGUGGCAAAACGGAUUUGUUUCUAUAAAAGUGGAGAUCCCCAGUUUAAUGGGAUCAAAAUGGUUGUUAAUAGCAGGUCUUACAAGACCUUUGAUGCCUUGCUGGAUAGUUUAUCCAAACGGGUCCCGCUACCUUUUGGAGUAAGGAAUAUUAGUACACCAAGAGGAAGACACAGUAUCACCAAUUUGGAGGAUCUGGAAGAUGGAAAAUCCUAUAUUUGCUCCCAUCAGAGGAAAAUGAAGCCCAUCAACCUGGAACAGGCCAGCAAAAAGCCACUGCCCUGGCAGAUCAGCAGGCCUGUCAGUGCUCGUCGUCGAGCUGUGCAAUUAGCAAGGCAGAAUGAGGAUGGGUUUGGCCAUCGAGAAACCAGAAUAACAACUCCCAAAAAGAUGCUUGUUUUCAAAAAUGGGGAUGUAAGGCUUAGGCGCACCAUAGUUUUGGGAAAAAAAAAUACGCAAACAUUUGAGGCCUUUCUGGAUUAUAUGAGCGAGUUAAUGCAAUACCCAGUUGCAAAGCUCUACACCACUGAUGGCAGAAAGGUUCCUAAUCUUCAAGCCCUGAUAUUGUGCUCUGGAGCUGUAGUCGCAGCGGGGAGAGAGCCUUUUAAACCAAGCAAUUAUGAAUCUCUUGGGUAUUUGCGACCUGCUAAAUUGCUUGGAAUUGGAAAUCGUGUGUACCCAAAAGCAAAUGCCAAGUCAGAAAGUGAAAAGAGUAAGAAAUGGAAUGUGUCAGUCCUCACCAGUGAUGUGCCGUCUGCAGGAACAAGCUCAAAGGUUUACAUUGCAUUGUACGGGGAUCGUGGCAGUUCAGGUCCAAUUUUUCUUGAUGGAGAGAAGGAAAAAUUAUUUCAGAGAGGCAAUGAAGACAUCUUCACAGUCAAUACUAGGAACAUAGGACAUCUCUACAAAAUACGUAUAGGACAUACAAGUACAGGAAACUCCCCUGCCUGGCACUGCAAAGAGGUGCAGUUGCUGAACCUUUUCUCAGGGGAGCAGUUCUCUUUCCCUGCACAUCGAUGGCUGGCCAAGGACCAGGCUGAUGGGGAAAUAUCUGUGGAGCUUCCUGUUUUCCAGCAGGGUCAGCCUAUUCUUCCAGUGACUGUCUACAAAGUGCACGUGACAACAGGAGACCUGUGGAACGCUGGAACUGAGGCUGAUGUCUACAUUUCUGUCUAUGGAGAAAGAGGUGAUACAGGAUCAAGACAGCUGCUCAGGUCACAGAAACCCAAGAAAUUUUUAAAAGGACAAACUGACAUCUUUUCUGUUGAAGCUGUGCACCUUGGAUGUUUGUACAAGAUUGUUAUAGGACACAAUGGGCUUGGAUCAGGCAAUGGAUGGUUUCUGGACAAAGUUAUAAUCAAGGAUCCUAUAACAGAUCUGGAUUAUACUUUUCUUUGUCACAGGUGGCUGGACCAGGGACAGGAUGAUGGCAAUAUUGCUAGAGAACUGCCUGUGACACACACCAGCAUGCUUCCAGGAAGACAAGAGCUGGAACUCAAGAGAGAAAAAAAUUGGGCUGCAGAAAAGUGGAAAUUUCGGAAAGGCAUUACACUUCAAUUUUACAACAGAGUCACCCGGGGUUUCAUUUGCCUCUACCCAGAUAGCAGAGUUGAUGCUCUUGGUGACAAGAAAAACAAAUAUGGUCUUUUUGAUGUAAAUGUCAAAAGGAGAAAUAUAUAUAUAUUCAGCAGUCAUCAAAUGCCAUCUCUUGCUCUUGCCCUUGUCAGCGGCCGUGUAACUGGAAAGAGCAAAGACAAGGCCUGCUGUGAGCUCCGUGUCCACCUUCAACCAAACUCUUGUGCCAUUCUUGAGUCAGCCAGUUACCCAGGUCACACUGUGGCUUUCAAUCUCCAAGGCAAAGUAGCUGAUGAAGCAACAGGAUAUUCUGGGAUUUCCAAAGAAUUUGUCGUGCAUGUCAAGGGUGUGUUUCAUCAUGGUGCCAUCAUUCUGCUCAACACAAGUUUCUGCCAGGCUCUGUCCCUUAGACCUGAUGGGAGCUGCAGUGGAGCAGGUCAGCAGCAGCAGGAAUCCUACUGGAAGGUGCAUAAAAUCAGCUCUGGGCUCUGCAUGUUUGAAAGUGUGAAAAAACCAAGAAUGUAUCUGAAGAUCAAAGAUGACCAGUGUGAUGGAACAGGCACAGGUGAUGAAUACUGCCAUUUUAAAAUUGAGAAGAAUUUGGAAACUGGAUCUGUGAGCCUGGAAUCAGUGCAAAAUAAAGGGAUAUAUAUUGGUCUUCUGCCAGAUGGCCAAACGAAGCCAGUUGUUAACACUGGAGAGAGAAAUAUCUUUUUCUACCCACAGGUCAUCAAAUUUGGCCGGGAAAAGCCUAUGGGAACAUCUGCAGCACCCAAACAAGAGAGGAAAGACUUCAGAGGAUCUCAAAUCCAACCCACAAAAGCCCAGGAGCCAGAACCUCAAAGACCUUCAACUCCCCCACCCUCAACUCAAAACCCCCAAUUUCUAAUCCGUCAGACUUCAUCUUGUAUCAUUGUGUCACAAAGCCUUCCUGAAGUGUGGUGGGUUGUCAGCAGAUAUGCUGUGUCUGAAACCCAUGACAACAAUACACAAGCCAUCAAGCCUGUUUUCAAAGAAGCUGGAUGUGGUGAAAUGAGUGAAGGGAAAAACUCCAUCCAGAGAAACUCAACAUGUGACUCUGCUAAUGAUGUCCCAACACGAGAGGAAAUGAGAAAUCCCCAAGGUGGUGAGAGUCCCCUUCCUUCGGAUGAUGAAUGGAAAGUGUCAAUACUGACAGGAAAUGCAGGAACUGAAGCAAGUGUUGCUCUUUGGAUAUAUGGAGACAGAGGAUUAACCGGACCAAUAACUCUUGGCAAGGACAACAGGAAGCAGCUGUUUUUUCCCAGGCAGGAAGAUGAAUUUCAGGUUAAAAUAAACAGCAUUGGGAAUAUCUACAAGAUAAGAAUUGAACUUGAUGGAUUACCAAAUGAACAACCCGAGUGGAACUUACAGAGGGUGAUACUGCAACACCUAAGGAGCAAGAAAACAUUGAAUUUUCCAGAAAACAUAUGGUUAUCAAAGAAUCGUGAUGACAGAGAAUUUCUGUGUGAACUUCCAGUAGUGGAAGCUGGAAAACCUACCUGUCCAAUUGCUUUAUACCGUGUUUAUGUCCACACUGGUGACUUGGAGCAAGCUGACACAGACUGUGCAGUUUAUUUGUGCAUCUAUGGAAAAAGAGGAGAUUCUGGUCUAAGACUUCUGCAUAAAAGUGGUACACCAGUGCCAUUUCAGAGAGGAAUGGUCAGUGUGUUUGAAGUGGAAGCUGUGUCCCUUGGGAAGCUGCAGAAGGUGCUGUUGCGCUGUGAGGCCAGCACCAAGUCCCAGCACUGGUACUGUGACAAAGUCAUUGUCAGAGAAGCCGAGAGCAACUCAGAAUAUGUUUUCAAUUGUGAAAGGUGGCUUCCAUUUAUGUCUCAAGGUAUAAUCCAUUCAGAAAUUGAGCUGUACCCUCAAGAGCUUGAAAAAAAUCAGCAGCUGAAAAUGCAAGAUGCAAAUGAAGGAGACUGGAAGAUAACUGUAGUCACUGGGGAUUUUGAAACAGCUGGCACAACAGCAACAGUAUUCCUUUAUGCUUAUGGAGAAAACAAAGCUUCUGGCCCUAUUAUUUUGGGAUCUGGGAAACAGCAGCUGUUUAAUCCCAACAGUGAAGAUACAUUUAAGAUUAAUCUCAGAGAUCUUGGGCAACUAUAUAAAAUCCGCAUUGGCCAUGACAACACUGGAAAUGAUCCCAGCUGGUACCUGGAGGAAGUCAGACUUGAAAGAGUAGUCCCUGUUUCUGCUGAAGAGAUUUGUCUCCCCAUAGAGAGCUGGCUUUCCGAAGACAAGGAUGAAGGUGAUACAUGGAGAGAAGUGGCCAUAAGAAACCCUGCAGAGGAGCUUUUACCAUUGUUGGUGUAUGAGGUCCAUGUAUACACAGGUGCUAAACUUGGUGCUGAAACAGAUUCCAGUGUUUAUAUAAACAUCGUUGGGACAAGAGGAGAUGCUGGCAAAAGGAAGCUCCACAGAUCUAAGAAUAAUAAUGUUAAGUUUCGACAUGGACAGAUGGAUAUUUUCUGCAUAAAGGCUGUCUCACUGGGAGACUUGGAGAAAGUUCUGAUUAGCCAUGAUGGAGCUGGUCCAGGCAGUGGAUGGUUCCUGGAUAAGAUUGUCAUCAAACAUAAAGAAGGAGAGGAAGCUCACGAGGUUGUAUUUCCUUGUAAUAGAUGGUUAGAUGAAUAUCAAGAUGAUGGGAAGACAGAGAGGGAGCUAACUGCCAAUAAGCUUGGCAGUUCAAUGAAGACAUUUCUUAAAGCACAACGGUGGAGAGUGCAGGUUAAAACAGAUGGAGAUUCCCCAGAGCCACAGGAGUGUAAAAGGACCCUUGUGAUUUAUGGCUCAAAGGGCAAAAGUGAUGAGCUUCUGCUUUCUCCACAAACCCCAGGACAUGUGUGCUUUCUUCCCAGAGCAACUGAUGAAUUCAUUGUUGAGACUGCAGAUCUGGGAGAUGUGUACAAGAUUCGAGUCAGCUGUGAUGAUGUGCCAGGCUUUAAGGGCUGGCAUCUGAAGUCCUUUCACUUACAAGAGCUGCAUAUGAAACAAGAACUGAACUUUGAGUGCAACUGCUGGCUCACUCUGAAGAGGGGAGAUAAGGAGCUGGUAAAAGAAUUCCCCGUAGUCACUGAGGACCAGAAAACUUUACCAGUCUAUAAGUAUGUUGUUUCUGUACAUAUUGGUGACCGCUGGGGAGCAGGGACUUUUGCAAAUGUUUAUAUCACUCUCUAUGGCAAAAGAGGGGACACAGGUGUGAGGAAACUUCAUACAUCUCUAAUGAAGGGAAGAAAAUUUCAAAGAAAUAAGGUGGAUUCAUUUUUGGUGGAAGCUGUAUGUCUGAGUCAUUUGCAAAAAGUGGUCAUAGGUCAUGAUGGAGAAGGCUACGGGGCGGGGAUGUACCUCAAGAUGGUAACAGUCAGGGAAUCACAAGAUUCAGACAAAGAAUGGGUCUUUCCACUGUGGAAUUGGCUCGAUACUCAUCUGGGUUUAUGUGAGACUGUUUGUGAGAUUGUAACAGUUGGUAGAAGGUCGACUCUUAGUCCUAAACUGCCUGAAAUCAACAUGAAGUCAUCAGGUUCCUGGCUAAUGGAUAUCACUGGAUCUGACUUGAGUGCUGAAGAGGAUCCAAUAUGCCUUUCUUUUAUCUUCUACGGAAACCUGAGUCACAAAAAGUUGCCACUUCAAGUCACAGGAAAAGCAAUUCAGAUCAAAGAUGAACUGGCAGGUAUUGGCUCAAUAUACAAAGUUCAGGUAACCGGCCCACACAGUGAGCUAAAACAGCCAUGGCACUUAGAUUUACUUCAUCUGAAGCACACAGGCACAAAGGAAGAGAUGUAUUUAGCUUUUGACUGCUGGUUCAACCCUAAGGAAGACAAAUGUGUGGAGCUGCCAGCUCUCUAUGCAGAUCAGGAGCCUUUGCCUGUUGUGGAGUAUGAAAUCCAUUUGCACACGGGACACUUGAAGAAGGCAGAUGCCACUGGAGAGGUUUAUCUUCGUAUACAAGGAGAAAAAAGUGACUCAGGGAAGCGAUGGCUUAACUCGAAAAACAGCCUGAUCACUUUUGCUAGAGGGCAGGUGGAUAUUUUCAAAAUCAAAUCUGUAUACCUUGGCAAGUUGAAUCAAGUUUGUGUUGGAUUUAAAAGUCUAAGAAAAGAUGGGUGGUUUUUGGAAAAAAUUCAUAUAAAAGAAGUCUUCUACCCUUUUUCUAUGCAUGUUUUUUUUUACGAUGGAUGGAUCGAUAAACGCUCCAAGGAAGAUUUUGUAGAAGUCGCAAUUCCGCUCAAAGAAACAUCUGUGGCAUCUCUUCCCAUGGAAAAUUUAGAUACAAAAAGUAGAGGAAGAUGGCAAACAUGGGUGCACUGCACACAAGUACCAGAAGACAUUCCUAACAUUCAAGUUGUUGCAUUUGGAAGAAAAGGGAAAUCCCCUGCACAGAAAGUUCAAAAUCUAAGUGAUAUUCCCUUUUUGUUGACCACUGGUGAUAUUGGAGAUAUAACAAAAAUCUCCUUUGUGUUAUGUGGUCCAUCCUUGAGAAGAGGAAUUAAACUUCACAAGCUUCAGCUCAAAGACCUGGACACUAAACAAGAGUUGGGCUUUCACAGUGAAGCCUCAUGUCUGUUUGGAGAAGAUGGAUCUGAGACCGUGACAGAGCUUGCUGCGGUCAGGCCAGACCAGCCACCUCUCAGGGAAGUCCUUUACUUCAUCAGUGUCCAUACAGGAGCACUGCCUGCAUCAGGAACUGAUGCAGAUGUGUUUAUCACAGUAUUUGGAGAGUGGGGAGAUUCCUGCAAAAGGAGACUAGGGCACUCACAGUUUGAAAGAGGGCAGGUUUGUAUCUCUGAAAUGAGAGCAGUAGACCUUGGACAGUUAAGCAAAGUGCUUGUUGAGCACCAUAAUGUGGGUUAUGGAGCUGGAUGGUACCUUGACCAAAUUGUCAUCCAUGAAUCAGGCAAGACUGAAGAACAAUAUGUAUUUCUUUGCCAGCAAUGGUUAGACAGUGGAGUUGGUGAUGCACAGAUGGAACGAACACUGAAACUUCUUGGAAAAGUCAGGAAUGGAGUGUUGACAGGAAAGAUUUAUGGGACUUGGGAUAUCCACGUCACAACUAGUGAUAUUUCUUCUAGUUCCAUGAACCCUAAAAUGUCUCUAACUGUAUGUGGUGAAAAAGGAACUUGUGCUUCAGUCACGUUACCCAAAGGAUCCCUUAACAAAGAGCAGAUUUACGAGACUUCUAUUGAACUAAGUAAGAAAUUUAAUACUAUAUUCAAAGUUCGACUAGAAAUUGAAGAAUCUGGAGAAGGAGAGAGUUGGUAUUGCCGUGAGGUAAAGCUUCAACACAGAGAAACUAAAAAUGUUCUAGAAUUCCCAUUUUGUCAUAAGUUUGCCGAUGAAGAAGGAGGAAGAGUGACUGAGCUUCCAGUUCUCAUAGCUGGGUCUCCUUUUCCAGCAGUGAAAAUCUAUGUUCUCUACAUCACCACGGGAGCUAUCCCUGGGUCAGGAACAGAUGCAGAUGUGUAUGUCAUGCUGCAAGGCUCCUUGGGAGAUACUGGCAGAAGAAAGUUAAUUAGAAAAGGAGACAAAAAUUUUACUAAAGAAAAGAUGGAUAUUUUUCACGUGGAGGCAGUGGAUAUUGGUAUUCUGCAAAGGAUGAUUGUUGAAAAAGGGAGAGGCUCUGACUGGCUUCUGGAGAAGAUUAUUGUGAAAGAGUCAGCAUCCUCAGAGACAGAAACACUGUUUAUGGCUCAAACAUGGCUUAAAGACAGACGUGAUGGAAAAAGAUCUGCCUCAGUAACUCUGGAUGCCACAGAAGUUCAGGAGAGGAAGAGUACAUCUGCUGGGCCUUUAGGAAGAGAGCAAAUGAAUUCAGAAGGCAGAUGGAGGAUUUAUUUCACAAAGCAUCAAGAAGAAACAAAAUCAGAAUUUGAAAAGUUGUCAGAAAAUAUAUCCAAGAUGGUUAUGGUUUUUUAUGGAAGCAACGGCAAGUCAAAUCCAGUUUCCAUGGAAAACAAAGUGGAACAUCAGACUGAGAACCAAAUAACAUAUGAUAUACAUUUGCCAUCUGAUUUGGGAAUGCUUUAUAAAGUGAGGCUUGGUCUCCAGAGUUUGGAAAACAACAUAUCCCAGUUGUCUCUUCAUCACUUUAAAAUACAGAACACAUCAACCCUGGAUACCUUUAGUCUCACUAUAAAUAAAACACUUCCUCUUUCUCCUAAUGGAGACAGAUGGAUUGAAUUCCCUAUACAGUGGCCAUUAAAAGAAGCACUUUCUGUGGUUACAUAUCAUCUAACAGUAUUUUCAAGAAAUAUUUUGAAUGAGAGAAAUUUAGUGCAUAUGACUGCAUGUAUCUAUGGUACUCAUGGUGACACAGGAGACAGAUCUCUUCUCCAGUCAUUGCAGAAUGUACAACAGGGAGAGAAAAAUGAGUCAUUUCUAGUUAUGGUGGAUGCUGUUGACUUGGGAGAACUGGAAAAAAUUGUUCUUUUGAUCAGCAGUAAAACAGACUGCAAGCUGGACGUCAAAAAACUGCAUGUGCAAGAAGCUGUGAAGGAACAUCCUAUCUAUGUAUUUGAAAUGAAUGAAGAAUUCUCUGUGAGUGCAAAUAAGCCGAAAAUACAGAAAGAAAUCCCAAGAUCUUUUGUUAUUAGAGGAAAGAAUCAAAAGGAUGACAUAGAUAACAACCUGAAUAAAGAAGGAAGUAAAGUAAAACAUUUGACAGAGUAUACUAUUAAAGUGUACACAGGUGACAAAAGGGGAGCAGGAACUGAUGCCAAUGUGCAUAUUAUUUUAUUUGGGAAUGAGGACAAAUCUGAGGUAUUUCAACUCUCUCAGUCACUGGAGCACCAAAACCCCUUUGAAAGAGGAAAGGUUGAUACCUUCAAGAUUAAGACAAAAAAAUUAGGCAGCCUACGUUCAAUUGAAAUUGGCCAUGAUGGGAGAGGAUUUGCAAGUGGCUGGUUUCUAGAAAAAGUGGAAAUCACAGAUACAGCUAGGAAUUCAAUGUAUUGCUUCAACUGUAACAGGUGGCUUUCUGAAGAUGAAAAUGAUGGCCUCACCAUAGUACAGCUUUAUCCACAGCUGCUUGAUUUCUGAUUCUUUCUGAGUGUGAUGCUUCUUCAAAUCCAUGCUGAUUUAAUUUACUUGUCUUUUAUAACUCUGAAGGCAUUGUAAUUAUUGUGAAGAAAAGUCAAAACAAUGUAUUAAAAACAUCACAGUAAAUUAAAUAUGUUUAAUGCAAGCACAGAAUUCUGAUCCUAUUAUAGAUGCUCAAAAACUUUGCAUGACAGAAAUUUAGAUAUCAGAAAUUUAAAUCUCUAGCAUGGUUCUGUGGACUUGAACUGAGCAAACAUAAUUGUAGUGUGUAGUUACAUAUGUAGUAACAUACUCAAAUAUUUGUGUUUUAGUAAUGAUUUAUGGGUAAGCUAAAUUUAGCUCGUUUCAAAUCUGUCAGUAUGUGUUCAUUUGAUUAAUUUUUUUCACUUUCAUCAUUUAUUAAAAUUCAGAUAUUUUCAAAAUCAUUUUCCAAACAAACUGCAAAACCCUUCAGUCUUACUAUAUAUGGCUUCUCUUAAGACUAUAACAGAGGGUAAUAAAUAUCUUGCUAUUCAGAAGUUUGCCCUGUGUCGGUAAGCUUCUCACUGACAUUUGAUUGUAAAAUCUUGUAGCUGAGCCAGAACCUCAGCUGAGAACCUUUAGAUCCAAAGGGUCUCUUAAGAGAGGCUGUUAUCAGUAACACUGCCAUAGCUUAGGCAGGCUUAGGCAGCUCCCUGCUCAGCUUGAUGAUUUUGCAGUGCCUCUCCUUAGCUAUCAAACCAGCUUUCCAGUACUACAUGUGUGAAUGCCUUCAUGUCAAAGAAAAACAAUAAAAAGGCCAAAUUAUUUUUUGCAAAUGCACACUAAAAAUAAAAAAAACCCAAGUAUUUAGGUGUAAAUGCACAAAUUAAUGUUUGAUUUGGUAGGCUUUGAUAUUGCCAGAAUUGACUUAGGAAGGAUUUAGGAUACAGACAAGUCUGAAAUGUAAUCAGGACUUAUGCACCACUGAAGUUUCUUGUGUGUGAUCAAAAUACAAAUAUUUUAUAUAAGCUAUGUAAGGCAUUCCUCUCUUAAUCAAAGACUUCACCUUUUGUACCUCCAAUAUCUAAAAUCUUUCUGAAUAUCUGAAUUUUAGACUUGAGCCUCAAGACAAUACCAUGUUCUGUAGCAGCAAUGGGCUUUCUAUAAUUAUAAGAAAUAAAUGAGUUUGUAAUCUGUGUUGAUGAAACAUUGUCUGGCUGUCUUUUUUAAUAUGUUUAAUGUUUAUUUACUCACACUAUUCUGUGAAAUUAGGACAGUUGGUUGACAUCUGCAUGGGUGAUGAGAUCUCAAUUGUUACCUUGACAUGAGAAGAAAUAAUAAAUGUCUAUAUUUGACCUUGGUAGGUAACAUAACUUUUAAAUAUAAUUUUUAUCUAGCUAUGUCAUCAAAAGGACAACUAUUGUAAGGUGUGGAUGUGGUCAGUGUGCGCAAUGGAACACUCAAAUUCUUCUUCUUCUUCUUUUUUAUUUUUUUUUCCUGCUCACAUUCCUACCACACUCACUGGAAUGGAUUUGAAACUGUAUCCCCAGAGCCCACUUACUUGUUAUCAGUAUUCAUGACACUGAAUCACUUUGUUGUGAUCUAUUAUGUGAUUUGUUUCAUUAUUAUAUGUUUCAUUAAUAGUUUGUAAUACUAGCUUCCUUUGAUGCCAUUUCUGAUUUAUCAAGUGUAAAUAAUGCCUUCUUAAUCU